AAAUUUGAAAGCGCCAAAAUCCUGAUUAGCGGUACUAGCAUGGUUUAUGUACGUAUGUGGACCUUACUUCGAUCAUGACAGCUUCAAAUUCCGGCUAAGUUGCUACCACUAUGAACAUGAAUGUUUGUCGAAAAAAAGGUCGUUUGUCAUACUUCAUCCGAGCUGAAGUUGAGCCGAGGAACCGCUCGGGUGUGAACUCAUUGCAGUAUGAUCAUUGUACAGACAGGCUCUUUACUGCUGGACGUGACUCAAUUAUCAGGGUUUGGAACACUAAAAGAUCUAACGAACCCCUUGUGCAUACAAUGGAACAUCAUGCUGAUUGGGUUACAGAUAUUGUGCUCUGUUGUGGUGGGAAAAACUUGAUAUCCGCUUCCAAUGAUACAACUGUUAAGGUUUGGAAUGCUACAAAGGGAUUCUGCAUGUCUACACUGGGAACACACAAAGACUAUGUACGGGUGCUUGCUUAUGCUCAGCAGCGUGAAGAGGUCGCUAGCGCUGGCUUGGAUGGUGCCAUAUACUUGUGGGAUAUUAGAACGCUAACUGCACUUACACCAACCAACAAUACCGUUGAGACUCGCCCGCUUACGACAAAUGAUGAAAGUACCUACAGCUUAGCCAUGAAUCCACCUGGAACUGUUAUUGUGGCUGGUGGUCCAUAUAAGAGAAUAUGGGUAUGGGAUCCUAGGUCUCGUAGUAAACCUUUCGACUUGCGAAGUCAUACAGAUAGUAUACGUGCACUUGUCGUACGAUCAAAUGGUGAAGAGAUUAUUAGUGGAAGUUCAGAUGGAACAAUUAAAAUAUGGUCCCUUGGUAUGCAACGAUGUACAGAUACAAUUCGUAUUCACAGUGAAAGUGUUUUUACACUACAGGUCAACAGUAACUGGUCAACUAUUUAUUCAGCUGGUAAAGAUCGUAAAAUUUGGGCUACCGACCUGCAUAAUCCUUGUCAUUCUACAUUAGUCGGUGAAGAAACAGAUCCAGUUUUAAAGCUUCUCUUACAUGAAAGCCAGAAUCAGUCUUACUUAUGGUGUGCGACGUGCAGUACAAAUGUAUCUCGCUGGCCUAUUAAACGUCCCAAUGGAAUAUAUGGCCGAACAAUCAUGGAUCAUGGAAAUUACCCGAACCAUUGUGAGAAUAACAAUGGUAGUAUUAGCUGCAGAGAAUAUUCAUCAGAUAAUCAUAUGAUGAUAUCAAAAUGUUCUGAAUUCCUAACAAGUCCGUUGUCUGUUUCAAUAUCAAAUGGCUUGGAUCAAGAGGCAUAUAAUUCUUUACCACCUGAUACUAAUGAAAACAACAGUAAUAGUAAUAAUGUUGAACAAAAUAAUCAUUGUUCAUUGCCUUCAAAACCUGAUUUCAUUAUAAAAGGUGGAUCGCCGAUUGUACAGUUUCAUAUAUGUCCUGAGAAACGUUUCAUACUAACGAAAGAUAGUGAAGGUGUGGUCGCUAUUUACGAUGUUUUAAAAGCAUCAAUGAGUGAAUGUCUGGGCAUUGUCUCAUUUGAAGAUGAAAUAAAGAAACGUGAAAAACUUAUUUAUGUUCCAAAUUGGUUUAUAGUCGAUUUAAAGUGUGGAAUGCCAAUUAUUCAUCUAGACGAAGGCGACUGUUUAUCUGCAUACAUCAACGCUUCUGAUGCUGGCCUUUUAAAUGAAUUCACUGAUUAUGAUAACAAAAAUCCAAAUUACUGUUGCGAUACUAAAAUUAAUUAUGGUUUCGUAUUACUUAGAUCACUGUUUGCUCGUCGGUUGGCUGCAUCUUCUGGCAAUAAUAAUUUGGAUAACGAUCGUAACGAUUUGAACACAGAUCAAAUUUUAGAUAUCCCUGGACAUACACCAAUUAUACUGAGUGAUGGUAGUGGUCGACCACUCGAUCGACUGUUAGCUCGUGAUGCUUCUUCUUUCAGUGUACGAUUACGUCGUUGUAGUCCUGAACCGAAAUGGGUUAUGGAAGUUGUAGAAUCUUGUAAAUUGCCUAAAGCGGUGCGUAUAGCAUUUUGUCUUGUACCUGCAGUUAUUGAAAUCGAUAAUCAAGGUCAACAACAUGUUGUACCACUGAAUUCAUUGAAAAGGGACUCACUAGCCGCUAAUGAUAUCCUGUUAAUACGUAAAGUAAUGGAGCACGUAUUUCAACGGUUGUAUAAAUUAGCCGAUACGCUAACUGCCAAUGGUACAUUGUCAAGUCCACCGUCGCCUAGAUCGGGUGAGUUGUUUGUUCAACUCUAUAUUUUAUUAUUUUUGAUGUGUAGAUAUGCUUAUCUUUUAAGAUGUAAAUUUCUAUGUAACUGGUUCAUCGUUAAAGAUCGCUUAAUGGUGCACUUUUCAGUUUAGCAUACAUUGGAAAGGGAACAGUCGGAAAAAUGAAAACACUGUGAAAUGAACGCGAAAUAGGUUGAUAAAAUCAAUAAGUAUAUUUUAAUAAUAAGGCUGUACAACUAUGAGUACCUGCUAUCCUGAAGUCCUAAAAACUAUUCUCGCGAACUGGAUAAAUAGUCAUUAACUUGGUGGUAUGUUUUCAGUAAUCCAACUUAAAGCUUCUUGCAAGUGAAUUCGAUGAUAUGUCUCAAUAAUCUCAAUUGAUACUGUCUCUCAACAUCAGUACCAAGUGUAUUUCUUUCCUAUAAUUCCAUAUAAUUAACUUUUAAAUUGUUUAUUGAAAAGUUCUAUCAUAUCAUCUUUUUUUUAUUGAUGCUAAUUUGAUAGGCAAAGAAAAGUCAUGUGAAGCACUAGUGAAAGUGUUUCUACUCCUGUUUAAUAAAGGUAUUCUAUUUCUGAAAUGUCGUUAUCUUUAUUAAAAUUAGGAAUCUGAUUAAAUAAUACCGCCUAAAACCACUUAAAUUUCGAAUCGACAUCUUCUUGUAACUUUACUAUUAGUUAACUAGUGUUACCGAAACUUUGCAUUUUACAAAUAGAUGUUUAACUGCUCCACUUUGUUGUUGAUUUCUUAUCCUAGGACAAAGUGACGAAACGGGUCAAGUACUUCCUCCCAAGUCAUCUGCCAACCCACCAUCCAGUUGUGGUGCAACUUCUGAUCCUCAAACACCUGUGAUGGCACCAUUAAAUCUACCACCGGAAACAUUGCAGGUGGAUUUAGCGCGAGUAAUAGCUGCAGCUUCAUCUGGUGACCCAAAUCCUGAGAAUAUUAUUGAGAUAUGGUGUGGAGACCAGUGUCUUGAUCCUAAUAUGAAUUUACGCAGUGCUCGUUACUUUUACUGGAAACAAUCGGGUGAUCUAGUAUUAAACUAUUUAGUUACCAAAGAAAGUAAUGUUAGUAGCACUAAUAACAACAGUAUUAAUAGUAAUAGUACUGGUAAUAUUGCCAAUACAUCUUUUCUUGUAAACAGUUUUCAUGAUGUCAACCUUAGAGGAGAUGACAGUGUGAACGAUGGGAUGACUGUAAGUCCACUACUAAAAUUGAUAAUGAACAUCAAUUAACUAGUGGAUUACAAUCGGUGAAUAUCAGUAGCUGAUCAUGUUUCGAUGUAUGCACUGUAUUCAAAGUAGACAAAUUAUUAAUUUCAGUAUUAUUGUUCUUUUACAAACAUUAUCCUCUCCUCUAUCAGUCAAAGUCUUGACUGUCUCUACAUUAAACGUGAAAACAACGAAAUAUAGAAAAGUAAACUUCAUGCGUACAUAUAUACACCUCAUUCCUUUGUAUAUUAUACAAUGUAAAAACAAGAAAUAAUACAACACUUUAGAUUUCAGAUGCAAAUAGAUUGAUAAACACUGAGAAAAAAAGGUUCGGAAUUUUACGAUAAGAAAUAUAUGUAUGUAAAUUAUUAUAUUUUUAGAUAUUUAAUUUCAUUUUAUUUUAUUGUUGCCGUUUUGAUGACUCUUCACACCGAUGUAUAAUAUAUUGACGUCUUUCAUUUAUUGCCUGUUGUUUCUUAUUAUCUCGAUGUGUGUAUAUGCCUUUUGUUUCAUUUUAUUCAAAUGUUAUUACUACCAAUAUUGCUAUUGACUACUCCUAGUUUAGUUAAACAAUAAUUUGUGAUUAUUAUUACUGGACUAGUUUAUCCCUUGUUUAUCAGGUGAUAAUAAUGAUGAUAAUACUAGUGCUAAUUAUAACAAUAAUCAAUAAUAGUAAUGAUAAUUUUUCAAUAUGUACAAUAUACUUGCAAAACAAGUAAAAUAAAGUGGAGAAGAAACAUAUUUCGUAGUUGAUUUAUCCUUUCAUUUUCUCCCUAUCUUGCUUUUAUAUUAAUUUCUUCAGUGUAUCAUAUGUUGGGUGUUGGAACUAUGCAUAUGCGUGAAAAACAAGAUUGAGUUAAUUUGUUUAACUAAUUUCAUAAUUUACCCUCCUUGGUGAUCUGAUUUUUUUUUGUUGUUGUUUAUAAUGAAUAAAUUAAUUGAAGCUGUUCAA